GAAGAAAGACGACGGAAUCCCUUCAUUCUAAAAUCUGCAGUCGUCCCCCUUCCCUCUCUCUUCUCAUCACCCCUUUCCCUUCGCAUAUCACAGCUUUUUCUUCCAAUCCCUAAUCCUUUGAUUGAAAUCAUUCUUCACUGCAGUGUCAUCCUCAUUGCCCGUCUCGUCCAGCUUUGACCUGGGUCCACCUGGUAACAAAUUCGCCCCACCAAACCAAAGAGACACGAGGGCCAGCACCGUCUUCUUCUUCUUCUUCUUUCCCACAGUAUUCAGUACUCACAAACAAGUUCAUAAAUUGAACUGCCUCGCCAUAUUGUACAGACAAUCAGAACAUGCGAAGGGAAGGCUGCAGCCUAUACCAGACUCCCCUCUUCUCCCUACAGCCGGAAACUGCUUCUCAGUGUGGGGGAAAAUGGAUAAAGCUAAUGAUAGAGCCAGUGGGUUACUAGGCAGAUUAAGUGGUUUCAUGAGGAGUUGCCUCUUCAGAGUCCUACGCAUGGGUCCAAUCCCAACCCAUUACUCCUUCAUAAUGGAUGGCAAUCGACGUUACGCCAAGAAGGUGAACAUGGGGGAAGGAGCUGGUCACAGGGCCGGUUUCUUCGCCCUAGUCUCGGUGCUCAAGUACUGCUACGAAGUCGGGGUGAAGUACAUCUCCAUCUACGCCUUCAGCAUCGACAACUUCAAGAGGCGCCCCGAUGAAGUCAAGACCAUAAUGGACUUGAUCCUCGAGAAGAUCGAGGGGCUUCUCGAGGAAGGCAGCAUUGCAGAUCAGUACGGUGUUAGGGUUUACUUUGUUGGAAACUUGAAGCUGUUGGACGAGCGAGUGAGGAUCGCAGCUGAGAAAGUCAUGGAGGCUACUGCACAUAACACCAGGUGCGUGCUCUUGAUCUGUAUAGCUUACACUUCAUGCGAUGAGAUUGUGAACUCGGUUAGAGAGUGUUGUAAGGAUAAGUUGGAGGAGAUCGAAGACAAAGAGGGCGGUGGUGGUGGGGUGGUGGUGAAUGAGCAUUCGGCUAUACAGUUAGUGGACAUUGAGAAGCACAUGUACAUGGGAGUAGCUCCCGAUCCUGAUGUCUUGUUGAGGACUUCAGGGGAGAAGAGGUUGAGCAAUUAUCAGCUGUGGCAGACGACUCAUUGCACGCUUUAUUCGCCCACAGCGUUAUGGCCUGAGAUCAGUCUGUUGCAUGUGGUGUGGGGAAUACUGAAGUUCCAACGGAGCUAUGCUUACUUCGAGAAGAAGAAGAAGAUGUUGUAG